AUGGCAUCCAGCUCCAAGUGCAGCUCGAGCUCAGCAUGGACCGCGAAGCAGAACAAGUUAUUCGAGAAGGCGCUGGCGGUGUACGACAAGGACACUCCAGACCGCUGGCAAAAUGUGGCACGGGCCGUCGGGGGGAAGUCAGCCGAAGAAGUCAAGAAGCACUACGAAGAUCUCAUCGAUGACGUUAAGUUUAUCGAGUCGGGCAGGGUUCCCCUCCCCAACUACCGCAACACCUCCGCCGGGGGCGGCGGCAGCUCCGUCGAUGACGAGGAGCGGAGGUAG